UUGUUGCCAAUGCAGUGUCCGUCGGGGUAGCUAAUAUGAAUGCUGCUUUCUUGAUGACAGUUAUUGGUGUUUCUAAUUUGUUCGGGAGUGCCAUACAUGGUUGGUUUGUGGACUUGGGGCAUGUGUCACCAAUGUUCGUGUCAGGGUGUGGCUGGUUUGUCAGUGGUCUUUCUCUUCUGUUCGUACCCGUUGCAGAUAGUUAUAUGAUUCUAGUCUUGAUAGCUGCGACAUUCGGAUUUGCUAACAGUAUAGCAUACCCUCUUAUGUGUGGUGUUUCCAUGAAACUUUGCGUCGGAACACACGAUUUAUCGAGUGCAUUUGGAUGGCUAUUGCUCAGUUUGGGUGUUGGAAAUACAGUUGGUCCUCCACUUGCAGGUUUGCUAUACGAUGGAACAUUGAAUUACAAUCUGUCAUUUAUAUUAGCUGGUGGAACAUUGAUAUUAACAGCAUUUCUUCUGUUCAUACAAAUAAUAAUUAAAAGAUGCCAAGGACAAAACAAAAUCAACGAAAGAAGAUAAUGAUAAUAAAGAAAAUAAAACAACAACAAAAUCUUGACCUCUGCCACCUGACUACCAAUAAACGUCUUCCAUGAGAUAUAUUCUUCUGCAUAUGUUUCAUUUUGAUAGGUCAUUAUGUUAAUAACUGUAUUGCUAU